AUGGCCCUGAGUGAUACCCAGCUUCUUGCUAUUCAAGCCACUGAGCGUACCUGCUCAGUUCUUUCUCUUCUGGGGACUACAUUUAUUAUUGUGACUUUUUUUUGUUUCCCUUCUUUCCACAAACCGAUCAACCGGCUUGCAUUUUAUGCGUCGUGGGGUAAUAUUAUUUCUAAUGUAGCUACCUUAGUGUCCACAUCUGGAAUAUCACAAGGCGUAGGAAGCCCACUAUGUCAAUUCCAAGGACUGCUUUUGCAAUGGUUCAUGCCGGCUGAUGCUUUUUGGACAUUCGCGAUGGCGUGCAAUGUGUAUUUGACAAUGUUCCAUAAAUACGAUGCCUCCCAGUUGAAGCGGCUAGAAUGGAGAUAUUUUAUCUUCUGUUAUGGUAUUCCCUUUUUACCUGCGGUGGUAUUUCUAUUUAUCAAAUCAGAGGCGAGAGGGAAGAUUUAUGGUUCAGCUGUUCUGUGGUGCUGGAUAACCCCAGAUUGGGAGGCACUCCGUUUGGCGGUAUUUUACGGGCCUGUGUGGCUCACUAUCAUUCUUACAUUCGCGAUAUAUAUUGUUACUGGUCGCGAGAUUUUCAUGAAACGACGACAAUUGCGUGUCGCGGGCAGGUCCGGCCAACACUCCGCUCUUCCUUCGACCCGCGGAGACCAGGUGGACGAAUCGUUCGAAUGCCACAAAAUGACCGAGAUCACGGUGACUACAGAGACUGCCGAUUUCCAGCAUGGGCCACCACUAAAGGUGGGCAACACAGAAGAACCUGGAAGGUCUCCAGGAGCGAGGACCAGCUUCAACCCCUAUGUUGUCGCCGUCGAAGCUCGUCCCAGGACCAUGAAACAGAAUGAAGCUAUCCAGGGAGACCAAUCUAAAUCCACAACCGAGACAAAUAAGGCAGCGUGGGCGUAUUCAAAAUACGCCAUGUUAUACUUUAUAGCUCUGGUAAUCACGUGGGUGCCGUCGACAAUAAAUCGGGUAUACGCCUUGGCGGAGCCGACGAAGCCAAGCUUCGUUCUCAAUUACCUCUCCGCCUUUGUCCUGCCCCUCCAAGGAUUUUGGAAUGGUUUUAUCUACAUGAUGAUAUCGUUCCCCGCCGUGCGACAGAUGUUUUCGUGGCAACAUAACGCAAGUAAAGGCCUGUGCCGGCGUAAGCCUUUUGGAACAGGUCCUUGCACUGGUGAAGGCGGUCGAUCAAGAAGCUUUCGUCAGGGCAGUCCUACAUCAAGCACCCGAAAGCUCACAAAUUGACGUGAACCUAGGAAAUAUCUUGUUGCAGCUUUAGUUCGCGAAAUACUCCUGUGAUAUGAAUGCUUGUGAGAUACUAUGGAGGUAUUCCUGAGCCAGUCCUUCCACUACUGUAAUUGAAAUCGCAAUAUCCUGUCAAUAUUAGAACGCACCAGAUUAUUGGAGUUGUGCUUCGUUAGGUAUGCCUGCAAGUGUCAC